AUGGCCAAGAUAUAUCCAAUUAAACUCGACAUUAGCAAAGAUCCGACGACUGGAGCGUCACGAAUCAAACCUGAAUCUGCAGCAGCGGCCAUUGAUGCGGCGGUUGAAAAGGGCGUGCACAUUAUUUCCAUGUCCUGGACGGUCAAUGAGCCGCAGAACGAGUUCAAAACCAAGUUUGAUGAAGCAUUAUCCAAUGCUAGCCAAAAGGGGAUAUUGAUGUUUUGCUCUUCUCCCGACGAAAAUAAAUUCUUCCGCAUCGGCGCGUCACAGGCUGAUGGCCACGCGUAUAGCUGGGUUUCACUGGACAAAGUUGAUUUCCUGUUUCCUGGCAUGGAUGUUGUCCAAGCAAACAAGAAGGACAUCAAGUUGCGCGGGGUGGAGGAUCGCAAAGCAGAGACCGGCUCGUCAAUUUCGACUGCUUUAGCUGCUGGUCUAGCCGCGCUAGUAUUGUGGUUCGUAGUAAUAGGAGCAAAGUAUUCUUGGGACGAGAAUCAAGGCAGCUUUGGAGGCGACGGGCUUGACGCAAACGAUGUCAAGGCCAUUCAAAAUGUCAGGGCGAUGAAACAGGCCUUCAAGAAGCUGGGAGCUAGUCGUGAGUCCAAUGAGAAAUUUAUUGAGAUAUGGUCAGUACUGGACGACCGAGCACGACCACUGAAAGACCUACAUGGUGAUCUGAAUGUCAAGCCAGCGCGGCAAGUUACAAGCUGGCUCACAAUCUCAUCGUCAAGAGCUAGUGCCCAAAUGCCAGCCGACUAUCAAAGGGAGGCAAAUACUAUUAACCAUAUUUAUGGAAGAGGACAAUACGUAGCAAAGAUUGCCUACAUGAUCCUACGCAAGAGACCAUGGGUUGCCUAUCCAGGUAGUUGCUUGACUUAA